AUGUCUUCAACAUUUUCAAAAAAUUCUUCUUUUAAUCUUUCUUCGAGUAGUACAAUUUCUAAUGGAUCAAAUACAUCAUUAAAUAGCAGCAAUUUUGAUGUUGAUCCAUUGAAGUUAUUGACAAAUAAAUUGAGUAAAUUUAGGGAUCAAAUAUCGCAAACUCUUUUGUCUACUCCAGAAGGAUUUUCUUCGUUGAGCGCAUUUAUUGAUGAUUUUCGUUUCUUUUACGGCUUCAAUCCUUCAGAACGCGCCCGUUCUUUUGGUUAUUUUUCUCUUUAUGAAUUUCUCAAGUCUGAUUAUAUGAAAGGACGUGUUUGUUUCAAAAUUAAUUUUAAUGGAGAAUUGUUUCUAUUCCCAUUAGCUGAUGACAACACUCGACAAAUUUUUAAUCAAAUACUUAUUUCAUAUGAUGAGAGAAUUCAGAGGAAUAAACGGUAA